AUGUCCUCAAUUGCUGCUCUGGCUACCCGCCGGGCUCUGACCCGCCAGUCCCUUUUCCGCGCUCCCCCGCGCCGCUUCAACUCCACCAAGGCCGAGCAGGGCGACCUCGACAAGGCCGGAAAGCGUGACCCCGAGCUCUACGUCCUCCUCGGUGUUAUGUCUGGCGCUUUCCUGAUUGCCGGAUGGUACUUCGGCCGCAAGCCCACUUCCGUCAACUCCGAGAGCAACGUCCGCAUUGCCGAGAGCGCCAUGCCCUGGGAGGCCAAGUCCGAGGAUGGCAAGGUCUACAAGUACCAGUACCACCCCCACGGUGACAAGAACCAGCCCCUCCGUGCUGCUCCCAGCGCCAUGAACACCGUCAUUGUUCCCAAUGUCACCCUGCCCGAGGACCUCCACGAGAAGUUCAACAAGCUCGGCAAGGAGGAGUGGGACUACUAG